GCCUGACUCAGACCGUUCCUUCUCAGCCAAAGCCUCGUCCCUCGCAUAACUCAUCCUUGGCGAGCGAAGAAGUCUUCCAAUCUGGGUCUGGAUCUUCUCAUAUAUUGAGCGUACCCAUCUGGGCACUUCAGACCACUCACAGCAACGCAAACCUUGUUCUGCCUGAUCUGUGCUCGCCCUCUCCGCCCUCACCCAUUCUCGUCUUCCUCUUCCCUCUCCCCCUCCUCCUCAUCACCACCACUAGCUCAACAACGCUGGAUACUGUGAAUCAGACAGACGUGCAUACACUGACUUUGCCUAUGCUGGGUUGUUCGAAGGUUCACGACAACGUCGACUGGACGCCAUGCUUCCGUGAAAAGUUCCUCAACACAGCGCUACCUCUAGGGGCGCUUUUAGUCUCCCUGUUCGUCUUCUUGCUGCAAUAUGCGCACUCCACGCGGAAACAUAAGAGGUCCGCCAAGGUCAUUGCUCAGCUGGACCCCUCUGCGUCCAAUUUUGCUACCGCUCGACUCACUGGGGAGGGCGGAGUUGAUGGGCAAAGAGUGGACCAGCGAAGUAGCCUCUUCUCGAGGGCUGCGAAAAAUCUUCCUUCAUGGAGGUCUUCCAAGAAUAAUGCCAAGAAGGGCAAGGGAUUGGCAGGGGAACCAGUCAGCGCAGCGACUGUUGCCGUUUUCAGGACGGAGAAUGCCAUGAUCCUCAACGAGGUGCAUUCCAUCCCUCUGCGCCAACUUUCAGCACCUGAGCUCGCCAGGAAAAGGGUGUUGGACACAUCAAAGAGAUGCGUUGAUACAUUUGGCGCCAUCAUCAUAGCUUCGCUACAUGCUGCUGGCUGGAUGAUGGGAGGUGGACGGACAGAGGCAGUGUGGAGCACAACAUGGAUCUAUCUCGCAGUCUUGGGAGGCUUCUCACUUGGUACAUCGCAUUCACUCUACAGCCACAAGACGGCAAUCUUUCUGAUCUACUUCGUCGUCGCAAUAUCAAACCUGCGCUCGACUGUUAUCAGUCAUGAAGAAUUCAAGGCUGACCUUGUCCUUGCAGCGGUGAAGCUCGCAGCGGCUGGCCUCAUCCUGAUCCCCACGUUGUUCUUCCCGCUAGAGAGUAAAGUCCCAGCUCACUUGGCAGCGAUCCACCGCACAAUGCAAGCUCGAUCUCAAUUCGGGGUGCCGGGCACAGCUAUCCCUUCUCCUGCCCCUAGCUCGCCUUUGUUGAGGGCACAGAGAGACGAUGAAGCCUCAGCUGAUCUCAACAAUGGCGACCUCUUGGACCGUCUCGCAGCGAGAAAUGCGGAGGAAAAGAUUCGGGAUGAGGCUCCUCCCCCACCUGAAGUCCAAGCAUCUCUCUACAGCCGCCUCUAUUUCAGCUUCGUCACGCCAGCAAUGAUCAAGCAUUACAAGACGCAGUUUACACUGCCCGCCGUGCCUGAUCUUCCACCGGGCGAUAAAGCCGCUGCUGUCGUGGCCAGCUUCAGAGCCGAAUCCAACCGUGACACAAAUGACAAGAGCGGAGACGCCAGUACGCUGGUACCGUCCAAUCGUCCCCUAGCUGGAAGGCUCAUAUGGCAUUAUCGCAGCUUACUCCUCCUACAGAUCAUGUGGGCCGCUGUCGAGGCUGCUCUGGAGAUGUCUCCCGCCGUGGGACUGCGAGCCUUGCUUGCCUAUCUCGAAGAGAGGGACGCAGAGAGGAACGGAGGUGCCAAAGCCAUGACCCCAGUUCACAUGGCCGUAUUGUACGCAGUGGCGAUGGGAGUUGGACAAGCUCUUGGGGCUAUUUGCGCUUCACAGAGCUUGUUCAUUGGUAGGCGGAUUUGCAUCAGGCUUCGUGCUAUCUUGAUCACCGAAAUAAUUAGCAAAGCCUUGAGGAAAAGCGAUGUCAGCCGAACUACCAGCGAAGAGACAAGUUCGCCAGCUGAAGGUGUCAAGAAGACGAAGGGAAAGGAAGACGACAAGCAAUUGUCUGCUACGGACGGUCAGAUUGCGAAUCUCGUCUCCGUCGAUGUGUUCAAGGUCUCGGAAGUAUGUGCAUACUUGCACUUUGUGUUUCCUCAGGCUCCUCUCAUCCUUGGCCUGGCCCUCUACCUCCUUUAUAGUCUCUUAGGCUGGUCCGCCCUCGCGGGCUUCGCCGUACUCGCAGCCGCCAUGCCAGCCCAGGCUCUUGUCGCGCGGUUCUUUGUCAAACUACAGAAGCAGCUGCUAGAAGCGACCGACAAGCGCCUGAACCUCACGACUGAGGUGCUCAAUUGUAUCAAGACUGUCAAGUUCUUUGCAUGGGAGGAAGCAUUUGCUGCUCGCCUAGGAGAAGCGCGAGCUCGAGAGCUACGCGUCCUGAGGAAGCGUAGCUUUGCUUGGCUCCUUGCGACUUUCUUCUACUUUGGCAGUCCUGUGCUCGUCACCGUCGUGACGUUCGGAAUCCAUACCCAGGUCCGCAAGCAGGCCUUGACGGCUGAGACAGCCUUUACAGCAUUGGCGCUCUUCAAUCUCAUCCGAAAUCCUCUAGAUGCUCUGCCGGACAUGAUUGUCAAUAUCCUCAGUGCGCUCGUCUCAGUGCGACGUAUUGAUUCUUUCUUGAGAGAGCCGGAAACCCUGAAGUACGAGCAGUUGCUUCGAAACGAGGCUGACGGACCGCCAAAUCCGAGCGACCCUGUCGUGGGCUUUGAGCAUGCCACCUUCGUCUUCGGAGCAGGCAAAAGCGAUGCUGGCGCCGACAGUGAUGGAGACGCAACCUCUGCUGAGCAAUCCUUCGCUCUUAAAGACCUGACUUUGCAUUUCCCAGAGGGCAAGCUCAGUAUCAUUACGGGACCAGUGGGAGCGGGAAAGACCUGUCUUCUGCUGUCUCUGCUAGGCGAGACCAGGAGAGUCAGCGGUCGCACUUUUAUGCCUUGCCCCAUUGCUCGUGCAUUGGAGCCGGUCAAUCCCGCCACGGGACUAUCCAAUACUGUCGCCUAUGUCUCCCAAAGCGCUUGGCUCCUCGGCACUACCGUCAAAGAGAACAUUUUGUUUGGGUCGCCCUACAAUGACCAGCGUUAUCGCAGUGUCCUCAAGGCCUGUUCUCUCGAGCCCGACCUCAAGAUUCUCGAGUAUCACGACGAGACUGAAGUGGGCGAAAAAGGCACAUCGCUGUCCGGGGGACAGAAGGCCCGUGUCGCUCUGGCCCGAGCUCUGUACUCCUCUGCACGGUACAUCCUGAUCGAUGACGCCCUCAGCGCAGUCGAUGCCCAUACUGCUGAACAUCUGUACAAGGAGUACCUCCUGGGACCUCUGAUGAGCGGUAGGACAUGUCUAUUGGUCACACACUCGGUCUCAUUGGUCUUGCCCGGCGCCUCAUACGCCGUGGUGCUUGACAAUGGACGAGUGACGCGAGCCGGACCAGCUGACGAGCUCGCAGCAGACGGCGUCUUUGACCAUGAGACUGGACCCCGAUCGGUCAAGCCGACGGAGAACGGAUUAUCGAACGACAAAGGCGCUUCUGACGAUGAAGCUAAUCCCAUCAUCGAGGAGGUCGAUGAUAAUGCUCGUGCGCACGAAGAAGCGGAGAUCAAGAUCAAACAGGAUCGAAAGAAAGUCAGCAAGCUCGAGGAGACGUUUGGUCAGGGAGCUGUUGGCGCUGCUCAGUACUACCUUUACGCUCGGUCAUUCUUCAAGAGCGCAGUAGCCUCUGUGGUCUUCUGGAUUGUGGCAGUGAUCCUCUUCUUAGCUAGCAGAGGAACCGAUGUGGCCAACUCGGCUUGGCUGCGCAAGUGGGCUGCUUCUUACUCGCCUCAUCUUGUCAAAGAGCAAGGACAUACGUCUCAAGAGCUUGGUACGCUGCAACAGAUGAUUUACAAUCAAGGGCCGGCUCAUGCAUCGCAAGUAGUCUUUGCCAAUGGCAAUACUACUGCUGUCAGUAGUCUCUGGCAGCCUAUUACCGCCUUGAUGGCUGACAAGGAGCGACCAGAUUUGACCCUCUACUACCUCAAGAUCUAUCUCCUGAUAUCUUUCGCAUUCAUCGCUCUUUCUAUACUCAGAGACGCCGCCGUCGUCGUUGGGUCUGUCUCCGCCUCACGAAACAUCUAUAUUCAGAUGACCGAUGCGGUCCUCCGAGCACGUCCGCAAUUCUUUGACAGGACUCCUGUCGGUCGAAUCAUCAAUCGUUUCAGCAAGGAUCUCGAGACUCUCGAUCAGGAAAUUUCGGGAAUGUUCCUGUUCCUGAUCGAUCGCAUCAUUGCAGACGUGAUCAUCCUUGUCGUCGCCUCGUACGCCUUGCCCUUCUUCAUCGUCUUUGCGAUCUUCGUCAUCAUGGUCUUCACUGCAAUCGGCGCACUCUACAUAGUGUCCUCACGAGACCUGAAGAGGAUCGAGUCUGUACAACGAUCUCCGAUCUUCACGCUCGUUGGAGAAGUGUUGGGAGGUGCAGUAGCUAUCCGGGCAUACGGCGAUGCCGCUCGCUUCACGCGUCACUGCUUGCGGUUGGUUGACAAGGCUUCUCGACCCUUCUUCUUCCUCUGGUACGAGAACAGAUGGCUUUCCAUGCGCGUGGACAGCUCCGCUGGAAUGGUCUCGAUCGUAAUGGGCCUCGGCAUCAUUUAUACGAAGAGCAUUGACGCCGCCUUGGCAGGAUUCGCAUUCUCGUUCACCAUUCAGCUUGUCGAUGCUGCAUUGUGGACGGUCAGAUGCAUCACUAUCAACGAGAUCAACUUCAACUCGGUAGAGAGAAUCGGCGAAUACCUCAAGAUUGAGCCUGAGAGAUCCAUUGGCACGGAGCCGCCUGCCGCUUGGCCAUCUUCGAGCGGCAACAUCGUCGUGGAAGACCUGACGGUCAGAUACACGCCUGAAUUUGAGCCGGUACUGAAGAAUGUGUCCUUUGAGAUUCAGCCUGGGGAGAAGGUCGGCAUCGUAGGCCGUACUGGAAGUGGAAAGAGUACCCUAGCCUUGUCCUUCUUCCGCUUCCUCGAGGCUGAAGCAGGACAAAUCAUCAUCGACGGUAUCAGCAUUUCAUCUGUGCCGCUCAAGACGUUGCGUCAGAGGCUUACAGUCAUUCCUCAAGACGCCCAACUCUUCAGCGGUACGGUUCGAUCGAACCUGGAUCCCUUUUCUCAGUACGAAGAGGGAGAGCUGUGGCAAGCUCUUCAGCGCUGCAAGCUCGCCUCAUCUGGGGCCACACCUGCCGCGUCUCGGGCGCCUACGCGUCCAGGCUCACCAGUGGCCGGCGAAGGAUCCUCUCUCUUCACAUCCUUGAAUGCGCCCAUUGAACAAGGUGGUCGCAAUCUCUCCGCUGGCCAACGCCAGCUCCUAGCCCUUGCCCGCGGUCUGCUGAAGAUGCGCGACUCGCGCAUCCUGAUCCUCGAUGAGAGCACCGCCAACUUGGACACUGCCAGCGAUCAGCAGAUUCAGCGUACGAUCCGCAAAGAGAUGGCACCUGGCGCCACCAUCCUUGUCAUUGCCCAUCGGCUGCGCACGAUCAUCGACUUUGACAAAAUUCUUGUCCUCGACAAGGGCAAUGUUCUUGAGUACGACGCUCCCCUCACGCUUUUGCAGGACGAGAAGAGCUCCUUCUGGGAACUCUGUGCCCGCUCGGGAGAGCUGGAGAUGCUACAGGAAAUGGCAGAGACGGCGGCCGAGGAGAAGAAGAAGCGACUGUCACAGGAGGGAAAGCAAGUAAGAUAGAGACGUUGAAGUCAACAGGAAUGGAAUUCGAUAUUUGCAAAUAGAUGACCUUGUGGUUUCCUGACCGAAUACUUUUCGCCGACCUGGGCCAAGUGGCUGCUGCCACAGUGACCUUGUGACAGCUUCCUCGCCUGAGAUCAG